UUAUUGUUGCCUUUCUUUUGGCGAAAAUUUGAUUUCGCCAAACGAGGAGCCCGGAUCAUCCUAGCUUGCCGUGACAAAAACCGCGCCGAAAAGGCCCGCCUUCGCAUCAUCAACGAGACCGGAAACGAAAAUAUCCACGUCAAAAUAAUCGAUUUGGGGUCAUUUGAGUCGGUCAAAAAUUUCGCAAAAAAAAUCAGUGAAAGUGAGAAUCGGCUGGACAUUUUGGUCAACAAUGCGGGGGUUUUGGCACAAGGGCACAAAACCACCCCGAACGGACACCCCCUUAUCAUGCAAGUCAACUACUACUCUGCUUUCCUUCUGACGAAGUUAUUGCUAGAUUUGUUGAAAAAGACCAAAAGUCGCGUCGUCAAUGUUUCGUCAAACGGUGCCGGAAUGGCCUUAUUAUUCAACUUGUCGAAGCUGAACCGACACAUGACCGACGGUGUUGACUAUUUUAACUCCAAAUUGUGCAACGUCUUGUUCACACAAGAACUGGCGAAAAAACUGGACGGGACCCAAGUCACCGCCUACUCCGACCACCCUGGAAUCACAAAAACGCAAAUUUUCGAAACCACGCCCACAAGCUCUUGGCCAAAAACACCCAUUUAUUUAAGACUAGCGAAGAGGGGGCCCAAAGUGUGGUUUAUUGCUCAGUUGCCAAAAACCUGGAGCCGUUCAGCGGCCACCACUUUGUCGAUUGCCGCAAAAUUCGGCCCUAUUUUACGGCAAGGGGCCGAAAACUGUGGCAACGGACCGAAGCGAUUCUAA